AUUUGUUGAUAUGUCUGCAAGUUCAAAUGUUUAUAAUUUGUGUCAGAAGCCAGAAUUUUCAGUGUCCCUGAUUUUCUCUUGUUGAAGCAUGUAUUAUUAUCAGUUUAAAAUGAUCCUGGCGUUUAGAGCACAAAGGCUUCUUGUCUAAAACAUGGUAGAUCCCAUAGAACACAACAGCAUGUAUAGAGGUCACUGUCUUUGACUUGGGCGGCAUAAGAAACACUGAUGAUCUGGAGAUAACAGAACAGCGUAUACAGAGCAAAGCUUUUACUGUUUCGGUGAGAAGCUUUACUCCUAUCUGUUGUGUUAUAUUGUUCACCCUCAUAUCUACCUACAUGCGUGUGGCCACAGUUCAUUGUCUUCCCUUCCUGCAGCUCUGAGUGAUCCUCCAUCAAGAAAUGGUAAGAACAGACGAUGAAAGAUCGUAGCUAUGGAUAGGGUGUCACCAGUCGAUGAGAUUGGCUUAAAGUUGUGAAGUUGUACAGAAGUGAAGGUAAGGAGACUUGAUUGUGAAAUUAAGCUGCUCCAGGAUUCUAUAUAUCUAUUAUGGCGCCAAACCCCAAAGUAGCGAAGGCCUGUAAGGCAAUGAAAACAUAUGGCAUUGCUGAACGAACAGUAUUACCUGUAUUGAAGAAUCUAUUGGAUUUGUAUGACAACAACUGGGUGUACAUUGAAGAUGAGAACUACAGAGUUCUUGCAGAUGCUUUUUUUGAUGGUCAAAAUGAUAAGUGUGAGAAAUCAACAAAGGCACAGCCUUCACUAGGAAAUCCUGAGGAGUGUAAACCACAAUAUAGAAAAUAUGGUCUGAGGAGCCAAAAAGAUCAGCCAUCUGUGCCUGUGAAUGACUUCAGAGAUCGUCCAGAGCUGGCUCGAGUGAUACCACCUGUAGGAUUCUCUGAUAAAAAAGUUUCUGAAACGAGUUCCUGUUUAAUGGAGAUACUGCCAAACUAUGAUGACGAGACACCUGUAUCAUGUCGAAGAAAGAGGAAGUUGGUCUAUCAAGAAGAAGAAGAUCAUUCUGUUGAGCUGAAAAGUGGGGACACCACAUCUAAUCAGAUAGGAGGACAUUAUAAUGGUGAGUCGGUUGCUGAUGAGAUGCCACUGUAUGAUGCUCCUCUUGCUAUCAUCCGUCCAGGUAUAGAGGAUCCUUCACAUUCAAAUUACUCUGGUAUGGAUGUCAGAUAUAUAGAAGAAUCAAAUGCCAAGAGGGAAACUAAUACACCAUCCAGUAUUGAACUUGCUUCGUCUUCUGGAGGAGAGGUUAAGAUUUCUCUGAUCUGUAACUCACCAGAUGUUCGCGUCCGAAGUCUUGAUGCUGUUUUGAAGGCAAUGGAGGAAAAAUGCCUUAAAUCAUAUAACAUAACAGAUCCUGCUUUCUCUCUGAAGGUGAUGAAGGAUGUUUGUGAAUGCUUCCUGAGUUUGGGCAUGGUCUCUACUAGUAGCGACCCUGUGAACCCAGAAAAAGGACCACCAAGUGUUGAUGGACUUGAAACAUCUAAACAACUAGUUGUUGCUAAUAGCAGAUUGCAUAAGGCGGCAAAAUUUCACUGUACUUUAAACUUGUCUAAUGGCUCAGCCAAAUUUCAAAAUCUAUUCCGGGCCCAACCUUGUAUCCCAAGGUCUGUGGUUUCAAAAAGUUUAGUUGGUUUGAACAAGAUAAUAAAUGCCUCUUUUUUUCUUGAUGACAUAACUAAAGGUGAGGAAUCACGUAAAAUUUCAAUGGUAAAUGAAAUUAACAGUGAGCGUCAGCCUGCCUUUAACUACAUCCCCAAGAAUGUAACUUAUCGAGGUGCCUAUGUUAAGUUUCUUCUUUCUCGGAUAUCAGAUGACAAUUGCUGUUCAAGUUGUGUUGGGGAUUGUUUGUCUCAGGAAAUCCCAUGUGCCUGUACUGGUGAAACUGGGGGCCUGUUUGCUUACAGGCCAGGCGGGUUACUUAAAGAAGACUUUCUUGAGAAAUGUAUUUUGAUGAAUCAGAAUCUUAGUCCAAAUCUCUUCUAUUGUGAAGAUUGCCCACUGCUCCGGUCUGAGGAUAGUAGAGUUUCAGGGACGUGCAAUGGUCAUGUAGUUAGAAAUUUUAUAAAAGAGUGCUGGUACAAAUGUGGCUGUAGUAAAGGCUGUGGAAAUCGUGUUGUUCAGCGAGGCAUAACUGCAAAUUUACAGGUUUUUAUGACUCCUGGAGAAAAAGGGUGGGGCCUUAGGACACUUGAGAACUUGCCUAAAGGUGCAUUUGUAUGUGAAUAUGUGGGAGAGAUAGUGACCAAUUCAGAACUAUAUGACCGAAACAAGCAAAGUGCUGGCGAGAAGCACACAUACCCUGUCUUAUUAGAUUCAGACUGGGGUUCAGAGGGUGUCUUGAAGGACGAAGAGGCCCUAUGUUUGGAUGCGACAUAUUAUGGAAACAUAGCAAGGUUUAUCAAUCACAGGUGUGGUGACGCUAACAUGGUAGAGGUUCCAGUUGAAAUUGAAACACCAGAUCACCACUAUUACCAUGUUGCAUUUUUUACAUCAAGGGAAGUUACUGCUGAUGAAGAAUUAACUUGGGACUAUGGCAUAGACUUUGGUGAUACUAAUCAUCCUAUCAAAGCAUUCAAGUGUUGUUGUGGCAGCAAAUUAUGCAGACAGUAUAAGAAACGAAAGAGAACCAGAUCCAGCUCUUAAAAUUCACAGUUGACCCCUGGAAAGAUGAUUUGUGGUUCAAAGACAGACUAGAGUAGGGUGGAGUACCAUCCCCCAAGUUAAAUUUAGUACAACUGUAGGUAUGUUUGAAUUUGGUGCAGUAGCAUGGAGGCUUAUAUGAAUGAUAUUUUGUUGCAAAGAUCCACAGUUAUACCUAUGUUGGGGGCAUAAAUCAGUAUUUGAGAUGCUUACUUUACUUGUCACUCUAUGUUGUGUAAAUGAUUGUCUUUUGAGUUGUUAAAUACAGUCAAGUCCUUGUCUGUGUAUUCAAAGUUUGAGAUGGAGAAUUUCUCAAUGUGCCAUAGUGUUCUUUGAUUUGC